GAAAUGGCUACAACUGUUCAGGUACGUGCUUGAAAGGUCUUUCCUACUUUUUCUUUAGUUUUAACGACUUUUUAUGGCAAAAAAAUUACACUAAAAUGUUCAGGCAUAAUAUAAGUUCAGAGUUCGUUUUCGUCUUGAAAACUCUCCUAACAUUUUAUUUCAGACUCAGACGAAUGCCAGAUGAGCACACACAAUUGUAGCGACAAUGCCACCUGCAUUAACACCGAAGGUUCCUUUAACUGCAGUUGCAAACCAGGGUACAGAGGAAAUGGCUACAACUGUUCAGGUGCGUGCUUGCCAAGUCUUUCCUACUUUUUCUUUAGUUUUAACGACUUUUAUGGCAAAAAAAAUUACACUAAAAUGUUCAGGCAUAAUAUAAGUUCAGAGUUCGUGUUCGUCUUGAAAACUCUCCUAACACUUUAUUUCAGACGUAGACGAAUGCCAAAUCAAUUCUCACAAUUGUAGCGACAAUGCCACUUGCAUCAACACCGAAGGUUCCUUUAACUGUAGUUGCAAACCAGGGUACAAAGGAAAUGGCUACAACUGUUCAGGUACGUGCUUGAAAGGUCUUUCCUACUUUUUCUUUAGUUUUAACGACUUUUUAUGGCAAAAAAAUUACACUAAAAUGUUCAGGCAUAAUAUAAGUUCAGAGUUCGUUUUCGUCUUGAAAACUCUCCUAACAUUUUAUUUCAGACUCAGACGAAUGCCAGAUGAGCACACACAAUUGUAGCGACAAUGCCACCUGCAUUAACACCGAAGGUUCCUUUAACUGCAGUUGCAAACCAGGGUACAGAGGAAAUGGCUACAACUGUUCAGGUACGUGCUUGCAAAGUCUUACCUAGUUUUUCUUUAGUUUUAACGACUUUUUAUGGCAAAAAUAUUACACUAAAAUGUUCAGGCAUAAUAUAAGUUCAGAGUUCGUUUUCGUCUUAAAGACUCUCCUAACAUUUUAUUUCAGACGUAGACGAAUGCCAAAUCAAUUCUCACAAUUGUAGCGACAAUGCCACUUGAAUUAACACCGAAGGUUCCUUUAACUGCAGUUGCAAACCAGGGUACAGAGGAAAUGGCUACAACUGUUCAGGUACGUGCUUGAAAAGUCUUUCCUACUUUUUCUUUAGUUUUAACGACUUUUUAUGGCAAACAAAUUGCACUUAAAAUGUUCAGGCAUAAUAUAACUUCAGAGUUCGUUUUCGUCUUGAACUCUCUUAUAACAUUUUCUUUCCGAUGUAGACGAAUUCCAGAUCAGCUCUCUUGUUUCCCCUUUACAAAGAAAACGGUUACAAAGGUUAUGAUUACGCUUACUUGUACUGUUCCCUUUUUGUAGACAUCGACGAGUGCAGCCGCGGUACUCACAAUUCCACAGUUCCCUUGCUUCGUGUACCAACACAGUGGGAUCCUUUAGUUGUUCAUGUAACAAUCCCUACAGUGGAGAUGGCAGAACGUGCUAUCUACUGGUAUCAGGUAAUGAAAUCGCCGAACACUAGGAAGGUGUCCAUUUACUUGACCUCUAUUCGGAGAUGGCAAAACUUCCAUUAAUAUUCCAGGGGCACCCAACGAGAAUAUAGUUCAAAACCACUUAACAUAGCAUUGUUAAACGUAUUUUAGUAUUUAAACGGUAGAUAAAGGCAUAUUUUUAUCCCCUAGAAAUUUUUCAUCUGUUCGGAUUUCCUAGCUGAAAGUCUAGUGAUCCGAAAAUUAUAGAGAUCAAAACUUACCUUUUCGAAAAUUUCAGCCAGAAAAAUGGCUCCCGAAAAUUCUAGGUGACCUUUUUGGGAUAAAAAUACGUUAAAAAUGGCCAAUUAUACCAUUUUUUAGAUGUUCGAAAAUCCUAGCAGAGGCAGACAAGCAAGAAAUUUUAUAACAAAUGUUCAGAAAAUUCUAGAUCUCAAAUUGUCUUCCGAACAGAUAUUUUUCCGAAAAUUGUCGUUGGGUGCCCCUGAUAUUCCAUACGGUAAUUAUUAUCACCAAGAAAUAGGAAUGUGUUCAUCCACUAGACCCUUAUUUACUCUUGUUAGAAGCAUGUUACUUUAACCUUGAUUGUUUAAAGAGGGUUUCAGUUAAAUGCAAAUAUUACCCAGAUCUCUUGUCGACGAAGCCGAAAGCGAGAUCUGGCCAAUAAAUCAAAUUCAAUUCUCCUUUUUAUGAGCCACUCAAACUACCUAAAAAGUACUUUUGUAUCGCGGGAGUGACAUGAGUAUUGUCAUCAGCGCGCGCUAUGGUGUCUGCAAUUCAUUCUUCUUGGUCUUUUCCCCUGUUGCUUGCUAGCCUGCGAGCAAACUCUCCUAAAAACGGCUGUGUAGCAGACUACGGAAACCCCGGGACUCCGUAAAGCGUCAAACUGUCACCGCAAACGUGCCGCAGAUUAGAGAAGUGCGGACCGCCUGUCAAGGCGUAACAGUAUCAAAACAAUGUUUUUGAUCACUGAAGAUAUACUUUUUUUUUCCACGGGGACAUCGAACUUCAACGUGUCCGCUCGGAUGAAAACUCAAUACUUUGAUUCUAGUUUCGUUUACUUUUGAAAAGUCGUCCAUACUGCAGUAUAGAAGACUACUCCCCGUCGCAAUCACCAACAAAACAUAUAUUGGACUUAUAUUUGUCCGCUCCGGAACUGGAGAAUAGCGUUUUCCUCGACUUGGCUCUCUUAAGUUGUACUCCAGUUGCUCCACACUCUUUCUCUUGCCCUUCUUUACAGUCAAGCUACACAGCUACACUGUCAAGUACAUGUUCCUGACUUUUUCUACCCAAUGGAAUUCAAUCGGGCGAAGAAACCGACAUUGGAAGGGAGCGCUUGAACCUGGCGCUUGAAUCUCUCUUCACUUUCACUCUUCUCGUUUUCAGAACUAAACAACGCGCUUAACACAAACGAAUACAACUAAGGAAGGGUUUUCAUUUUCCUUCCACAAGAACUAUAAAGUCGGUUCGACUUAUCCUCGGCUCGCAAUAUUCUCUUUGGGAGAACUAAAUCAAACGAGCCCCCUCGUCUGCUUUGAGGGCUGAAACAAGUUGUCGGUACCAAUCUGAUCCCCAUGAGAACUAGUCUCCCUCGCAGCCGUUUUUUGAGCGUUGCGUGGCAUCCAAAAAAGUCAAGUUCAAUAUUUCACCGUUUCUGAUUGUCUGUCCCGCCGCUAAAUCCUCACAUCCGGUACACGGUUACCAUAUUUGGACGCCGAUGUAGGCAGUACAAAAAACUUAUUCACAAAAAUGUCGACGUUUUUUAACUGAGAAAUCACCAGACUAAUCGAAUUACACGACUGUUUAUUCAUCGAGCCAAGAAUAAGUUGGUGAAGUGAGACGCAAAUAAUUCUUACAUAUACCAGUCACUGACCGGUUUGCAAUUCCGCAAAACUUAAGUUAUAUCAAUUGCCAUUAUCUUCCGUCGCAUUGCAAUUAGAUGUAGUGACACUCUCUUCGAACGUUUUUCCCUCUUGUACGAUUCAGAAUAACUGUGGAAAUUUCUUUAAUUUGGAUAGCCUUUUUGCGAAGGAAGGUAGACACUUAGGGCCUGUUUACAUGGAGGUGGGGGUCCCCAGGUAGGUGAGGUGACCCGCUUAGGUAGAGUAACCCGCCUGUCUUUACAAUUUCUCAUAUGGUCACCUCCACCUAUCAUGUAAACUUGAUCAAAUUAAAAUGUGAGAUUAUAUGACCAGGUGGUUCAUAUAACAGGCGGUACUUGAGGUUGUACAAUGUAUUUGCACUUUUUGAAUUAUAUCUGACCAACCUUUGUUAUUUUGGCUUCUUUUGUGUUCCCUUUUUAUUAUUAUUCUUUUUUUUUAGUCAAAAAGAGAAAACCGUUAUUUAGCAAUCCUAUUGAAGUGAAAUAUUUAGUAACAGUAAUAGUUUAUCAGCCUACCCCAUAAAAUGGCUUUUCAGCCAACUUUUAGUCUUUAAAAUAGCAAUUUGAUAAUUAAAAGCAUAAUUAUCUACCGUAGUUGAAAUUUAUCGGGAAAAAAUUUGAAGAUCAUAAAAAUGAAAUAAGGAAAUGAGACGGGGUUAUUCGCGUCAGAUAGGUGAUACGUCUUAAUUUGGCAAUGGAAUAGUUUUCUUCAACGCCUGACUUUUCAGGUUAAUUUUUUCAGCCGUUACGGUCAAAAAAAACGGAAAAGGGCGCGACUAAAACUUAACGGAUGAUCCAUUUUGUUUGCCUUUUAAAGUUCUGAAAAAAUUAAAGGAUUAGGCAUGGUGGAUCAUCUCCGGAAUGAAAAAAGGGAAAUGUUGGUCGAGAUUCCUUUAUUACCUGAAGAUUCUGCAAAGUCAUUCCAGAGGCGGGCUGCUCAUGGCAGCUGACCGGCAGUGAAUCUAAAGGAAGCCAUGUCUAACUUGUUUCUGCUUCCGAUAUUACGAGAGUGCACAUCAACCAUUUUCUUAAACCUGUUACAGAUAAGGGGCUGGGCAAGUCCCUUAAUAUGUGUUACAUAAACUCGAAUUUUUUUAAGAGGGUGCUAAUGGGGGUACCCAAUUCUCAGUUAACUACUAAUUUUUCAGCCAAAUAUCAGUUAACUACUAUUUUUUGGGCCAAUUCUCAGUUAACUACUAAAUUUCGGUUAGCUAUUAACUUUCACUUUCCUACAGCGAAUAUUAUUCCGUCAUAACCCGAAUUUUCUAAAAUCAAGAUAUAUAUUUACCUAAACUCCGCCACUAGUACAAUUUAUAAGUAACUGAAAAUGUAGAAAAGAGCAUACAAUUAUCUAACCGAAGUAGUAAAAAUGGGUAAGCGUUAUGACGCGACGAACACUCGCAAAAAAUUGUGUUACUUACGAUUGCCUCCAAAUUUGACCCACAGAAGUCAAUAGAUUUAGCCAAUUAUGUGCCAGGCAACGAUUUUUUCAAAUCUAGUGAAAAUGGCGCUUCCGUCGGGAAGAAUUUUGUCGCGGCUUUUGCGAAGAAUGAAAGCUUUUAUCGACGAAUUUCGACCAAAUACAAGUCAAGCAAAUUAUCUUGGAGGAUUCUGGAGGAUAACAAGCGAAAUAAACGCGAAAAUAGAGGUAAUAAAACAGUAAGAAUCUUUGCUUCAAACUCGCCGAGUAGGCCAUAGUCUGGCACACAUUCUGUUGAAACGCAGUGAUAACUGUGGAAAUUUCUUUAACUUGGAUACUCGUUUUGCGAAGGCAGGUAGACGCUUAGGGCCUGUUUACAUAAAGGUGGGGGUCCCCAUGUUAGUGAGGUGACUCGCUUAGGUAGGGUAACCCGCUUGUCCAUACAAUCUCUCAUAUGGUCACCCCCACCUAUAAUGUAAACUUGAUCAAAUUAAAAUGAGAGAUUAUAUGGACGGGGGGGGUUACCCAACUAUACGUGAACAGUUCUUUAAACUGUGUACUUGAGGUUGUACAUGUACACUAUUUGCAUAAUUAUAUCUGACCGACCUUUGUUAUUUUGGCUGCUUUUGUGUUCCCAUUCUAUUUUUUUUUUUUUUAAGUUAAAAAGAGAAAACCGUUAGUUAGCAAUCCUAUUGAAAUGAAAUAUUAAGUAAUACUAAUAUUUUAUCAGCCGACCCCAUAAAAUGGCUUUUCAGCCAACUUUACAAUUGCAAUUUGAUAAUUAAAAGCAUAAUUAUCUACUUUACAACAUGUGAAAUUUAUUGGGGAAAAAAAAUGAAAUAAGGAAAUAACGCUUCUUCACUUCAGCCUUAACCUGAUUGAGAUUCGCUAUAUUACCUAACGAUUCGGGAAAGACAUUCCAGAGGUGGACUGUUCAUGGCCGCUGACCAGCAGUGAAUCGAAAGGAAGGCAUGUCUAACUAUGUUUCUGUUUCCAAUAUUAUAAGAGUAAACUCGAAUUUUUUAAGGCUUGUCAAAAAACGCGUUUUCUGGUUAAAAAAUCUCACUCUUAUUACGCUCAAAUGUUAAACCAGUGAUAAAACACUGAUGUUCGUGUUUUAAACAUAACUAAACACGGAACGCUGUCAGCCUAGAAAACCAUUUUUUUUCUUUUUCUACAUUGAGAUACAUUACAAUAGAAUUAAACGCCAAAAAGCAUUCACCAACUUGGUAAAUUUGACAAUUAACUUGAACGAAAUGGAAUAAGAGUGAUAAAAAUUAAUGUGAAACAGCGUGAAUACAAUGUUUUGGGGCGUUUUCGCUCCAUGCCGUCGCAGUCGUGGUUGCUUAAUAUGCUCCUUAUAUGGAAAGAGACUGUGACUGAUAGGGAGAUCGGGUAUGUCAAAUAUGGAGAAUAUGGACUCUACGCCUCCGACUGAGUUUAAUAAACUCUGGAGAGGCUAAACUGUGACGUCACUGAAAUUCGCAGUAGACUGCGAGAUUAAAACCGCAUCAUUUGAAGAGAGAGCAUUAUGCCGCUAGCACGCAAGCUCAGAAAGAAAAAAAACUUAUAGGCGUUUGUAAUUUGCGCGUUUCAGCCUGAUCAUUAUGAUAACAAGCUUCAAUCCGGUAUCUGACACUUGCGCGAGCUUGUUUUUAUAAAGGGAGGCUCUCCAGCAAAGUGUAGUUCGCUGCUUUCCGUUAUUUACUCUAUGACGCAUCUCUUGACGUACACGGAUCCGUGCAGAAGAAGAAAGUGAAAUUGCAUGAAAUUGCAGGCGAUAAAAAAAUCAAACAGGAAUGGUUUUUUCUUCCUUGUGAGUUCACGGGCAAGCUAACUCAAGGAAUUUUGAAACUCGACCUUGGUGCCAAAGUCAGUCCAAGGCAACCUCAUAGCACAAGAUCACUCAGUAAGAUUUUUUUUUAUAGUUACAAAGUAAAAGUCUCUUAUCACCGACACUACAACGUUUUCAUAAGCUCUAUUUUUUUACAAUAACUGAGUUAAUUCUCUUGUGCUGAUUGGCUAAUUUCUAUCAAUAAUAAGAGAACAGACAUAAAAUUUUAAUUUCUGCGAGACGAAACACCGUAUACAACUUAGCGUUUCUAAAAUUUACCCGCUUAAUACGGACACCAUUUAAUAUGGACAAAGGACACUUUUCUGUGUCCCGAGGCACAAACUCGCAUACAUUGUUUACCCCUGCUAUUUACGGACACUGUUUAUCUGCGCACUGUCUAUUUUCCUUGUAACAAUCACGUGCUAAUUGUAGAUAUUCUACACUGUUCAAACAAUGACAGAUUUCUUUGGGUUUAAGAAGCAGAAUAGCGUGAUAAGUCAGUCUUUCCCGCGUUUGACCCUUGCACUAUAUAGCCAUUAAAUAAUUUUUUUCUGCUACAAAAAUCUCACUUCCUUAUUGGCUUUUCGCCGCAGUCAUUUUUCCUACCCUUCUUCCUCUUAGUCUGCCAUAGUCUUUAUAUCAAUACAAUAUGUGUCCUUGACGUUUUUCCGGAGAGCCCACUUAUUACGGCCAUCCAGAUGAUACCGACACCAAGGCAUUUCCCCUAAUUGUCCGUAUUAACCAAAUUCUACAGACUGUAGUUUCUUUUUAAAAAGUAAAAUGUUUUUUUACUCAUCCUUGUUUCCAAACAAUUGUUAUUAAUAGUUAUUAAAUGUUAUUUACCUAUUAUUUCCCUACUUUAUCGUAUGUAGCAGAAAUGACUCACCCAUUUGCAGGCGCAAAUCGAGGCAGCUUAAGAAUGUCUACAGAUAUAUUUGUCUCCCUUUCCCAUGUUAUUUCUUAACCUCUGUCUGUAUGUCUACCAGUGUGUGAAAGUCACUAACCAAUCCUCAAUGACUGACUCAUAUGUAAACAGAGUUCGCCACAGUGGGGCAGGUGCUGGGGAAUCUUACAGGACGUGAAAAUUACCCACUUUGAACCUGUUUAUGUACAGCAGAUAAAACUUUACGAAACCAGUUAAACUACAAAAAAUAUUAAAAUAUUAAAUAAUUUUCUACAUUUUUAAAAGUUAAUUAAAUUAAUUCUUAUGAAAAUAAUCAUAAUUAUUUUUUUUUUCUACAUCAGAAUGUGAGAAUUACGGAAGUCUUAACAGCGCUGACAGAAAGAUUACGUACACUACUAGCCACGAUUAUUGUGACAAUGGAAUCGGACCUGGUUGGUUUCGUUUUGAGGGUUCCGCCGGUACAAGAAUGCCAACUUCAUGUCCACCUAACUACAGAUGUGGCACAAGUGCACCCGGCUGGAUGAAUGGUGGACACCCUACAGUAGCAGACGGUCAGGUCAGCAGGACGGUGUGUUUUCAUAAUAGUGGUAACUGCUGUCGAUGGUCAACAAACAUCAAAGUGAGAAAUUGUGGUUCAUAUUAUGUGUACUAUCUUAGUGGUACACCUAAUAGUUUUUGCAGUCUCCGUUAUUGUGGCACUAACUAA